AUCCAAAGAUGCCAGUGAUUCUUUUAAAGGCAGUUGGUAGAGUCCUUUCUUUUCUCAUUAAUGCUAAUUUUUGUUUUUUUGCUUUCUGUUUUUUUGGUUCAUGGCUAAAUUUGAUCUUGUUUCUAUGAGGGAUUGCAAUGAAUAGUCUUGGUAGCGAUCCACUGGUGUACAAAACAAAUUCAUCGCUGUGCUGUUGUGAUGUGACAAAUCUUUCACAGUUGGCGAUAAUUUAUGACUUAAGUAGGAUUAAAUAGCUUAUUCCAUAGCAAUUCUCCCUGUUGGUCUUGCCUUUGAUCACUCUGUCCAAAUUUAUGAUGCAGCUUGAAUCCGCAGGAACUGGGAUUGGUGGCCUUCAAAUCCAAAGCUGUUGCAUUCAGUGGUUCACCUGUUGUUUCCCUUUGCUGUGUAAAAGGUAAAGUUGAGAGUCCAUUAAACUAAAGCUUUGGCUAGUUACAUGGUCUAUACUAAGAUUGACAAGAAAGCCUUAUAGCAACUUCAUUUCUCUUGUUCAUUUUUGAUGCUUGUAAAGCUUGUGGUAGUAUUUAGAUAUAUCUUCAAAUGAGAAUUGUCGACUUUGAUUUACCCAUCACGUCAUUAUCUGUUGAUUAAUGGUCUGAAUCAGUUGAUAUCCCUCUUUUUAUGUCGAAUAUGACCACAAAUCCACCUGGUCCCCGUGAAGUGAAGGAUGCUUAUUGCUUAUUGAACUUUGGAGACAACAUAACCACAAGCAGCAUUUCCCCAGCAGGAACUAUCCACGAGGAUAGUCCUGCUGCAAAGUUUCUCAUAGAACGGUAUUCGAUGUGUCGUUAUGAUUUCAAUUCUUAUGGAAGUCGUUGAGGAAACCAUGAGGUGAUGAAACGCGGCACCUUUGCCAGUACGUGUCUUGUAAACAAGCUCUUAAAUGGAGAAGUUGGCCCCAAGACAGUUCACAUUCCUACAGGAGAGAAAAUUUGCAUUUAUGAUGCAGCAAGUAGAUACAAGACCGCUGGACAGGAUACGAUCAUACUAGCUGGUGCAGAGUAUGGAAGUGGUAGCUCUCGGGAUUGGGCUGCAAAGGGUCCAAUGCUUCUGGGAGUGAAAGCUAUCAUUGCCAAGAGCUUUAAUAGAGUCCACCGCAGCAACUUGGCUAGUAUAAGGAUUGUUCCUCUGUGUUUCAAGUCCGGUGAAGAUGCAGAAACCCUUGGACUAACUGGCCAUGAACGCUACACAAUCCACCUUCCUAGCAAUGUCAAUGAGAUAAAACCAGGCCAGGACAUAACUGUGACCACUGACACUGCUAAUUCUUUUGUCUGCACUUUGCGGUUAGACACAGAGGUGGAAUUGGCAUGCUAUAAUCAUGGCGGUAUGCUUUCGUAUAUCAUUCGAAGUUUGAGCAAUGAGUGAGUGAGUUUGCUGUUCCAUGGUGCAAAGGUGUUGUUUUAUAUGCCAUUCUUUAACAAAACUUUCAAGAGUCUUAAAA